GUCUAUACACGAUAUGGGAAGUGUUACACCUUCAACGCGGAUCCACACAGCUCACUACCCAGUCGAGCAGGGGGCAUGGGCAGUGGCUUAGAGAUCAUGCUGGACAUCCAGCAGGAGGAGUACCUACCCAUCUGGAGGGAGACAAAUGAGACGUCAUUUGAGGCAGGCAUCCGAGUACAGAUCCACAGCCAGGAUGAGCCUCCCUACAUCCACCAGCUGGGGUUCGGCGUGUCCCCAGGCUUCCAGACCUUUGUUUCUUGCCAGGAACAGCGGUUAACAUAUCUGCCUCAGCCCUGGGGCAACUGCCGGGCAGAGAGCGAACUCAGGGAGCCUGAGCUUCAGGGUUAUUCGGCCUACAGUGUGUCUGCCUGCCGGCUGCGCUGUGAAAAGGAGGCCGUGCUUCAGCGCUGCCACUGCCGGAUGGUGCACAUGCCAGGCAAUGAGACCAUCUGCCCACCAAACAUCUACAUCGAGUGUGCUGACCACACACUGGACUCCCUGGGUGGGGGCUCUGAGGGCCCAUGCUUCUGCCCUACUCCCUGCAACCUGACCCGCUAUGGGAAAGAAAUCUCCAUGGUUAGGAUCCCCAACAGGGGCUCAGCCCGGUACCUGGCGAGGAAAUACAACCGCAAUGAGACCUACAUCCGGGAGAACUUCCUGGUCUUAGACAUCUUUUUCGAGGCCCUAACGUCUGAAGCCAUGGAGCAGCGAGCAGCCUAUGGCCUGUCAGCCCUGCUGGGGGACCUCGGGGGCCAGAUGGGCCUAUUCAUCGGAGCCAGCAUCCUCACACUGCUGGAGAUCCUUGACUACAUCUAUGAGGUAUCCUGGGACCGACUAAAGCGGGUGUGGCGACGGCCCAAAACCCCCCUGCGGACCUCCACUGGGGGCAUCUCCACUUUGGGGCUUCAGGAGCUAAAAGAGCAGAGUCCUUGUCCAAGCCGGAGUUGUGCUGAAGGUGGGGGGGCUAGCAGCCUGCUCCCCAACCACCAUCAUCCCCACGGUCCCCCAGGAGGGCUGUUUGAAGACUUCGCUUGCUAG